UUUCCAUGGCUGUAUUCAUAGCAAAUUAAUCUCUCAUUCUUAACCAUCUUGUGUUGGUUCUUUACGCAUCUCCAAUCAAGUGCUUGAUACCCUUGAUUUGAAUUUUAUAAUUAUUACUUGAUCCACAAAUAUGGAUACUUUCUUGCAGCAGUUUCAACAUCUUAAAAUCCAACUGGAAGAGAUAGCAUCAGCCACCAACAACUUCCACAACGAGAACUAUAUUGGAGGUGGCGGUUUUGGUAAAGUGUAUAAGGGGGAAAUGUCUCACUCUAAGGGACGAACUAUGGUGGCUAUCAAGCGUCUGGAUCGGAGGCAUGGACAAGGAAUCCCGGAGUUCUUGAAAGAGAUCACAGCGCUUUCCCGUUACAGCCAUGAAAAUCUCAUCUCUCUUCUUGGAUUUUGUUACCAAGGGGAUGAGAUGAUCCUUGUAUAUGACUACGCAUCUCGUGGAAGCCUUGACCGCUAUUUAAAUUCACCCCAUCUCACGUGGUUACAACGUCUCAAGAUAUGCCUCGAUGCAGCAGAGGGAUUAAGUUACCUUCAUGAUCCAAGGGAGGCACACCAAAGACUUAUCCACUGUGAUGUAAAAAGCGCCAACAUCCUACUCACUGAGCAAUGGAAUGGUAAACUUGCUGAUUUCGGGCUAUCAAUAAUGGGCCCCGCUAAUGAGCAGCAGUCGCUUAUUGUCACCGUUGCAGCAGGUACCCCUGGGUACUGUGAUCCGCAGUAUGCAAUGACGCACACCCUAACAAAAGAGUCGGACGUAUACUCUUUCGGUGUGGUCUUAUUUGAAGCUUUAUGCGGGAGGUUAUGUUGUACAUAUAGCAAUGGUCGUGUUCAGCAGAAUUUAGUGCGCACGUGGAUUGAAAGCUAUGAAGAGAAGAAGUUAAAUGAUAUCAUCUUUAAAGAUACGGCCAUUGAACCAUUGGAGCAGAGCGCUUUAGAAACUUUUUCUGACAUUGCAUAUCGAUGUUUGAAGGAAUCUCGUGAAGAUCGGCCGAGGAUGGCUGAGGUUGUGAUAGAACUUGCGACUGCACUAGGAUAUCAGAAGGCAUUCUUGCAGCAGCUUCAACUUCUUAAAAUCCCGUUGGUAGAGAUAACAUCAGCCACCAACCACUUUGACGAUGAGAAGAACUAUAUUGGAGGUGGUGCUUUUGGGAAAAUUUAUGAAGGAGAAUUGUGUGACUCUAAGGGCCGAAGCAUGGUCGCUAUUAAGCGUCUUGAUCCGAAGUAUGGACAAGGAAUCCCUGAGUUCUGGAAAGAGAUCAUGACUCUUUUGAGUUACAAGCAUGAAAAUCUUAUCUCUCUUCUGGGACUUUGUUACGAAGGGAGUGAGAUGAUCCUCGUGUAUGAGCAUGCAUCUCGUGGAAGCCUUGAUCGCCAUUUAAAUUCCCCUCUUCUCAAAUGGUCACAACGUCUCAAGAUAUGCCUUGACGUUGCAAAGGGACUAAGCUACCUUCAUGAUCCGGGAGAGACACGUCAAAGACUUAUCCAUUGUGAUGUAAAAUGCCCCAACAUCCUACUCGAUGAGCAAUGGAACGCUAAAGUUUCUGAUUUCGGGCUAUCAAUAAUGGGCCCAGCUAAUGAGCAACACUCCAUUGCAGCAGGUACCCCUGGGUAUUGUGAUCCGCAGUAUGCGAUGACGCACACCCUAACAAAAGAGUCAGACGUAUACUCUUUCGGUGUGGUCUUAUUCGAAGUUUUAUGUGGGAGGUUAUGUUGUACAUAUAGCAAUGGUCGCGUUCAGCAGAAUUUAGUGCGCACGUGGAUUGAAAGCUAUGAAGAGAAGAAGUUAAAUGAUAUCAUAUUUAAAGUUCCGCCCACUCAACCAUUGGAGCAGAGUGCUUUAAAAAUAUUUUCUGACAUUGCGUAUCGGUGUUUGAAGGAAUCUCGUGAAGAUCGGCCAAAAAUGGCUGAGGUUGUGAAAGAACUUGAGACUGCACUUAGAUAUCAGAAGGCAUUCUCGCAGCAGUUGCAACUUCUUAAAAUCACGUUGAUAGAGAUAACAUCAGCCACCAACCACUUUGACGAUAAGAACUAUAUUGGAAGUGGUGCUUUUGGGAAAAUUUAUGAAGGAGAAUUGUGUGACUCUAAGGGCCGAAGCAUGGUUGCUAUUAAGCGUCUUGAUCCGAAGCAUGGACAAGGAAUCCCGAAGUUCUGGAAAGAGAUCACGACUCUUUUCAGUUACAAGCAUGAAAAUCUUAUCUCUCUUCUGGGACAUUGUUGCGAAGGGAGUGAGAUGAUCCUUGUGUACGAGCAUGCAUCUCAUGGAAGCCUUGAUCGCCAUUUAAAUUCCCCUCUUCUCACAUGGUCACAACGUCUCAGGAUCUGCCUUGAUGCCGCAAAGGGACUAAGCUACCUUCAUGAUCCAGGAGAGACACACCAAAGACUUAUCCAUUGUGAUGUAAAAAGCCCCAACAUCCUACUCGAUGAGCAUUGGAAUGCGAAAGUUUCUGAUUUCGGGCUAUCAAUAACGGGCCCAGCUAAUGAGCAGCACUCCGUUGCAGCAGGUACCCCUGGGUAUUGUGAUCCGCAGUAUGCAAUGACGCACACCCUAACAAAAGAGUCAGACGUAUACUCUUUCGGUGUGGUCUUAUUCGAAGUUUUAUGUGGGAGGUUAUGUUGUACAUAUAGCAAUGGUCGUCUUCAGCAGAAUUUAGUGCGCACGUGGAUUGAAAGCUAUGAAGAGAAGAAGUUAAAUGAUAUCAUCUUCAAAGAUCCGACCAUUCAACCAUUGGAGCAGAGUACUUUAGAAAUAUUUUCAGACAUUGCGUAUCAAUGCUUGAAGGAAUCUCGUGAAGAUCGGCCAAAGAUGUCUGCGGUUGUGGCAGAACUUGAGAGAAGUCUAGAUUUACUCAAUUGUCAAGAGUUUAUAGGUGAAUGGAACAAACAAUUCCCUCUGAACUACAGAUCUGAAGUUGAAUUGAAGAAGUUUCGGUCCAAAGGGGUCCUCCUUAACGGCGGCAAAACGUGGUUUUCAUUAAAUAAGAAGGGAGAACACUGUGAGAUGAUAACUAUUGCAGAAUGUUUGGGUUCAGAUGUCAAGAGUAACAACUUUUCGACUGAAUAUAAUUCAAGAUUUGCUAUGGGCAACUACCGGUUUGAAAGUUAUUGGAGAUUCAAAGCAGAUGUAAAAACUCAGUUCUUGUCACCAGGAAUCACAUACGCGGUGUACCUUGUGUUCAAGUUUUAUAGAGGAGGGAAGAGAAGAUGUGAAACUAUAUCCCUCAAAUACAGAUUACAAGGGGAGAGAGAGAGUUCAGUUUCAUACCUUGCAUAUGAGAGGGAAGAUGAUGGAUGGUGGGCAUGUGAAUUGUAUCACUUUACUUGUGACCACAGAAUUGUUGAUCUUCAGAUUAUGUUUGAGGGCUUCGAUAAUCUUUCCGACAUAUUAGUACAAGGCAUUGAAUUUCAGCCCUUGGAGAACGCGGAAAAUACAAAUGAGAAGCAACCCAUAUCAGAUUCGGAUUCAGAUUCAGAUUCAGAUGCAAAUUGGGAAGAAAAACUGCCUACUGAUUAUAAAGACAUAAUGAAGUGGUCAAAAAAAGGGAUAUUUGAUUAUUUGCCAUGGACAGAGAAGAAGAAGAAGAAAGCGUACUCAAUUCUUUGCAAAGGGUUCUUCUUAACCAAUUAUGGCAUGACGUGGUUUUCUCUUGACAAAAAUGGGAAGAAAUGUCAUAUGCUAUCAGCGGCUCGCAUGUGGAAUUGGAAAGAGAACUUGUUAUUAUCUGAAUCAAGAUUUGGAAAAGUCAUUCAGUGGGGGGAUAAUAGCUCUAUUCAUAUCGAAACAGAAGUCCAGUCCCAACUAGUAUCAUCUGAAACAACAUAUGGAUGUUACCUUGUCUACAAAUUACCAGAAGACCAAUCAGGAUUUAAGGCUCCUGUGAAAGUGAAACACAAACAAUGUGAAACCGAAGAUAAUAUUUGGUAUAUCUAUUUAACUAGUCCUCAAACCCCAGUUAUUAGACCAAAAGUUAUUAGACCAAAGGCUGGUCAAAACACCCACAACCCACUCGAUAGGCCAAAAUUUAAAGGUCUUCCACAACAAAGGAACGAUGGAUGGAUUGAAGUGCAAAUUUUGGAAUUACGAGUUGCUAUUACAAUCAACAUGGAUAUUUUUUUUGAACUUUGUGACAAGAAAAAGUUUAGUGGACUUAUUAUUGAAGGGAUUGAGUUUAGACCCAUAUAGAUAUUCCUUUUUAAUAAUGGACAAAAACUAAUUGUAAAUACAAAUUUGCUUUCCUUUUUUCUAUUUGAGUGGAAGUACAUUUCGAUUCUAUUUC